ACGCAAGAGUCACUGUUCGCGCUUUCUCGCGCUCCUUUCCUAGCAGGACUAUGUCCCUGUUCUUCUGGUAGAGGCUCCUCGCUGCCACGUGCCAGACCAUAGGCGCCUAUGGAGGGAAAGGAGGAAAAGCAGCAACAGCAUAAAAAUGAAGAUGAUGGCAUAGUAUGUAUAACUACAAAAAAAGAAGGAAUCACCCAAGGAAAACAACCUGAGAAAAGCAUACAACAUUCAAAACCGUGUGUCAGGAGAGGACGUGUAAUUUAUGCUAAAUUUAUUAACACAAAUGCAAGAACAUACUAUGAACCAGUUCCCUACAUAGAUCCCAAAAAAGGGACAGAAGAACAGAGUGACUGGUGGUCACAUGGUGAAGCACUGGAACAUGUCUUCCAACCAUCUUAUGAUACUAAGAGCACCCAGAGAAGUGACUUCCAAAAACCAACAGGUCCAUUGAUUUUGCCAGUCAAACACAGCAGGAUGCAAAAGCCUUCUUGUGGAAUAGUUCCACUUGCCUCUCCAGAUGCAUCAGCAGAGCUUCAAAACAAGUUUAAAGAAUACAUGUCUUUUAUACACCAAUAUGAUGCCAGGAAAACUCCCAAUGAGCCCAUCAGGGGAAAGAGACAUGGAACUUUUGUGCAGAGAGAGAUAAAACAAGGGAGUAGGCCAAUAGUUCCUAAGGGAACAGAGGUAUUCCUGAAUGCUCCGGGGUUGUGUUCAUCAGAACAGUCCGAAAAAACAGAGAAAGGAAAUCCAGCGGGAAGAAGAAUGAUCUCACCAGGUCUCUGCCAACAAAAUUCCCAAGAGCUGUUAGAGACUAAAACUCACUUAUCAGAAACAGACGUCAGACAGGCAGCCAAGGCAUGCCCCAGAAGCCCUGAGAGGGAGAAGGCUGCAGGCGUCUUUCACACAGCUAUGGGAUGUUCUCUUCUCACCAGGCCAAAACCUUUAAAUCCACCAAUAAAAAAUCAGGAUAAGUUGCCUUCUUUAGAUAAAACGUAAUCCCUGGAAUGUAAAGAAAUUUCAUAAUCAUCAUACAGGCCCUGGUGCUUGCUUUUUUUUUUUUU